AUCCUCCUCCAGGUCCUGGCGCACAGGGUGGGAGCGCUGCGCUGCGCCGCGCUGCGCAUCGCGGCCCGCUUGCCGCCUGCCCCCUGCCCUAGCUGGGCCACCUCCCCGGGCUGCCGGUGGAGGGCUAAGAGGCGCUAACGUUACGCUGUUUCCGGUUUUCCAGCGGGCUCUGUUUCCCCUCCCAAGGCGGCGGCGGCUGAGCGGCGGAGCCCCCCAAAUGGCCUGGCCAGAUGCGGCAGGUUUGCUGCUCAGCGCUGCCGCCGCCGCCACUGGAGAAGGGUCGGUGCAGCAGCUACAGCGACAGCAGCAGCAGCAGCGAGAGGAGCAGCAGCAGCAGCAGCGAGAGCGGCGGCAGCAGCAGGAGCAGCAGCAACAACAGCAGCAUCUCUCGUCCCGCUGCGCCCCCAGAGCCGCGGCCGCAGCAACAGCCGCAGCCCCGCAGCUCCGCAGCCCGGAGAGCCGCCGCCCGUUCGCAAGCCGCAGCCGCCGGCGGCAUGAGGCGCGACCCGGCCCCCGGCUUCUCCAUGCUGCUCUUCGGUGUGUCGCUCGCCUGCUACUCGCCCAGCCUCAAGUCGGUGCAGGACCAGGCGUACAAGGCACCCGUGGUGGUGGAGGGCAAGGUACAGGGGCUGGCCCCAGCCGGCGGCUCCAGCUCCAACAGCACCCGAGAGCCGCCCGCCUCGGGUCGCGUGGCGCUGGUAAAGGUGCUGGACAAGUGGCCGCUCCGGAGCGGGGGGCUGCAGCGCGAGCAGGUGAUCAGCGUGGGCUCCUGUGCGCCGCUCGAAAGGAACCAGCGCUACAUCUUUUUCCUGGAGCCCACAGAACAGCCCUUAGUCUUUAAAACGGCCUUUGCCCCCCUCGACACCAACGGCAAAAAUCUCAAGAAAGAGGUGGGCAAGAUCCUGUGCACUGACUGCGCCACCCGGCCCAAGUUGAAGAAGAUGAAGAGCCAGACGGGACAGGUGGGUGAGAAGCAAUCGCUGAAGUGUGAGGCAGCAGCCGGUAAUCCCCAACCUUCCUACCGUUGGUUCAAGGACGGCAAGGAGCUCAACCGCAGCCGAGACAUUCGCAUCAAAUAUGGCAACGGCAGAAAGAACUCACGACUACAGUUCAACAAGGUGAAGGUGGAGGACGCUGGGGAGUAUGUCUGCGAGGCAGAGAACAUCCUGGGGAAGGACACCGUCCGGGGCCGGCUUUACGUCAACAGCGAAGCCGAAGAGCUGUACCAGAAGAGGGUGCUGACUAUCACGGGCAUCUGCGUGGCUCUGCUGGUCGUGGGCAUCGUCUGUGUGGUGGCCUACUGCAAGACCAAAAAACAGCGGAAGCAGAUGCACAACCACCUCCGGCAGAACAUGUGCCCAGCCCACCAGAACCGGAGCUUGGCCAAUGGGCCCAGCCACCCCCGGCUGGACCCAGAGGAGAUCCAGAUGGCAGAUUAUAUUUCCAAGAACGUGCCAGCCACAGACCAUGUCAUCAGGAGAGAAACUGAGACCACCUUCUCUGGGAGCCACUCCUGUUCUCCUUCUCACCACUGCUCCACAGCCACGCCCACCUCCAGCCACAGACACGAGAGCCACACGUGGAGCCUGGAACGUUCUGAGAGCCUGACUUCUGACUCUCAGUCGGGGAUCAUGCUAUCAUCAGUGGGUACCAGCAAAUGCAACAGCCCAGCAUGUGUGGAGGCCCGGGCAAGGCGGGCAGCAGCCUACAACCUGGAGGAGCGGCGCAGGGCCACCGUGCCACCUUACCAUGACUCCGUGGACUCCCUUCGCGACUCCCCACACAGCGAGAGGUACGUGUCGGCCUUGACCACGCCCGCGCGCCUCUCGCCCGUGGACUUCCACUACUCGCUGGCCACGCAGGUGCCGACUUUCGAGAUCACGUCCCCCAACUCGGCGCACGCCGUGUCGCUGCCGCCGGCCGCGCCCAUCAGUUACCGCCUGGCGGAGCAGCAGCCGUUACUGCGGCACCCGGCGCCCCCCGGCCCGGGACCCGGGCCCGGGCCCGGCGCAGACAUGCAGCGCAGCUACGACAGCUACUACUACCCCGCAGCGGGGCCCGGACCGCGGCGCGGGACCUGCGCGCUUGGCGGCAGCCUGGGCAGCCUGCCCGCCAGCCCCUUCCGCAUCCCCGAGGACGACGAGUACGAGACCACGCAGGAGUGCGCGCCCCCGCCGCCGCGGCCGCGCGCGCGCGGCGCGUCCCGCAGGACGUCGGCGGGGCCCCGGCGCUGGCGCCGCUCGCGCCUCAACGGGCUGGCGGCGCAGCGCGCAAGGGCGGCGCGGGACUCGCUGUCGCUGAGCAGCGGCUCGGGGGGAGGCUCGGCCUCGGCGUCGGACGACGACGCGGACGACGCGGACGGGGCGCUGGCGGCCGAGAGCACGCCUUUCCUGGGCCUGCGCGCGGCGCACGACGCGCUGCGCUCGGACUCGCCGCCACUGUGCCCGGCGGCCGACAGUAGGACUUACUACUCCCUGGACAGCCACAGCACGCGGGCCAGCAGCAGACACAGCCGCGGGCCGCCCCCGCGGGCCAAGCAGGACUCGGCGCCACUCUAGGGCCCCGCCGCGCGCCCCUCCGCCUCGCCCGCCCCACUGUCUUUAAGGAGACCAGAGACCGCCUACUGGAGAGAAAGGAGGAAAAAAUAAAUAAAAAUAUUUUUAUUUUCUAUAAAAGGAAAAAAGUAUAACAAAAUGUUUUAUUUUCAUUUUAGCAAAAAUUGUCUUAUAAUACUAGCUAACGGCAAAGACGUUUUUAUAGGGAAACUAUUUAUAUGUAACAUCCUGAUUUACAGCUUCGGAAAAAAAAAGAAACAACAACAAAAAAAAAGAGAGAUGGGCCAAUUUUUUGACUCUUUAAUAGAAACCUAUUUUGUGGUGCCUUUUGCUGUACGCUCAUCUGGGGCUCCAGGGGAGAGGUCUUGGUUGCGGGGUGCUGGGAGUGACAGCAGGGAGAGAAGAGGCUGCGGGGUUCUGGUGGGGGCGAGGGUGGGGGGCCGUGAGCGGUUGGCCCUGAGAAAGAACUGAGGACAGAAGUAGCUUUGCUCCCAGGCAAGAGCUGGAGUUCCCGACCCCUGGGAGGAGAGGGCCAGGACCCUAGGCUUGGAGCUGGAGCUGGGGUAACUUCCAGGGGGAGAUGAAGACACAGCUACCCGAAUGGGGAAGCCCUGGCUACUCACAGCUGUUAGAGGAGGAGGGCAGAGAAAGGUCUCCCCAAGAGCCUGGGCCCAGGGAGGUGGCAGCUCUGCCAGGGGCCCAAUGUUGGCGGCUCCUGUCCCCUACAGCCUCCAGGACGCCCCUCCAUCCUCUGCAGCACCUUCGUUUACAGGUCGUCUUUUCUAUUUUACACCUGCAUGUCCUUUGCAUUUCAGAUUCUUUAGAUUGGAUGCAUGGUCACGCUGGGACCGAGAAGAGCCACUCGACAGUGUAUUCCCCUUUUAGCAAUAAAGUAACACCAUUUCCUUCUCACAGGCUGCCUCCCAGCCCCCAACCCACCUGUGACUUCCACUCGUCUCCGCUGCCCUCCCACCCCCAAAAACUGGGUCCACUGCUAAUUUGUCAAAAAGGUAAUUGUUUAAAAAAAAAUCCCAAACAGAAACAAAUGGGAAUCCUGUCCUGAAAUGUCUGAACACCUGACUGUUGACACUUGAACAUUUUUAUAUUAUAAAUAAAAUCAGAAAUAACUCCUGUU